GUUUCUAGCUCCAAGGGACUUUCCAUCAAACAACCUUAACUUUAAUUACGACUUCGACCUCGACAUCUAUCAACUCAAUCAAUAUACAGCUUCGUCAUUGUAAUUCCCAUUACUUUAUCAAUUCUCGGACAUACACCACGAUAGCACAGCCAACAUGACGGACUACUCACAACUCAAGGUUCCUGAACUCAAAAAGCUUCUUCAGGAGAAGUCCUUACCAAUCUCCGGCAACAAGGCAGAUCUUAUUGCGAGAUUACAAGAAUCCGAAAAGAAGCCAGCUGCUGAAGCUACAGGUAUGUCCAAUUAACAAGUACGACCUAGACUCAAAACUGAGAAUUCCUAGCAACCACCGGAGAAGACGAAAUCGACUGGGACGAAGACGAUGAGAAAAAAGAUGAAAAGAAAGCUACGACCACUGCCGCGCUUGUAGCUGCUGGAGCCAAAGAAGAUAUCCCGAACCCUACGAAAGUUCCUAAUCAGGAACCUGCGAUUGAUCCUGCCAAAACAACAGAUUUGAAAGUUACGGGAGGUGAAGGUGUUCCAACAGCUGAAGAUGGUGCAGUCGCAGCAUCAGGUCCUACAAAGACCGAAGUCGCAGCUGCACCAGAAGCACCGAAACAGGACUUCAGCGCCGGGAUUGAAAAGUCCGAUGCACAGAAGGAGGCUGAGAAACGUGCAGCGAGAGCCAAAAGGUUCAAUAUUCCGGAGGGCGAGGAGGCCGCAAAACUGGCAGAACGUGCGAAGAAGUUUGGAGUGGAUAACAGCAAGAUUGUUGAGGGAUUGGAUAGCGCCUUACCGGAGAGGAGACCAAAGAGAGCUCGGGAAGAGAGUAGGCAAGGAGGAAGAAACGCAAAAAGACAAACACCAGACUCCAGGAGACCACAACCUGGCCCAAAGAAUACACAAAAGUCUGGUCCUAAACAGUCUGCAGUGGGCCGUGUCACCGACAAUCCCGCAGAGAAGGCAAAGGCGGAAGCAAGAGCAAAGAGAUUUGCGACUGCUGAAUAAGGAGAUAUAUACCAAGAUGUCACACAGCUUCCUAUCGCAACACGAUUAGCUAGCGUUACUGUAUACUAGUGAUUUUUUAUUUUCCACGGAAGUCAGCGGCCUUAAGCAUUUUCGAAAUACCAUUAAACCCAAUUAUUC